AUGAGGAUUGACGUGAAGAGGCAAUUGUUCGCCCGCAGCGAGCGGGUCAAGGGCAUUGAUUUCCACCCUCAAGAGCCAUGGAUCCUGACGACCCUCUACUCUGGCCACGUCUACAUCUGGUCGUACGAGACGCAACAGAUCGUCAAGACCUUUGAGCUCACCGAUGUCCCCGUCCGCGCCGGUCGCUUCAUCGCGAGGAAGAACUGGAUUGUCUGCGGCUCUGAUGAUUUCCAAUUGCGCGUCUACAACUACAACACGUCCGAGAAGAUCACCUCCUUCGAAGCCCACCCCGACUAUAUCCGCGCCAUUGCUGUUCACCCGACGCAGCCCUUCGUGCUUACUGCAUCCGAUGACAUGACCAUCAAGCUCUGGGACUGGGAGAAGGGAUGGAAGUGCGUCCGCGUUUUCGAGGGCCACGGCCACUACGUCAUGGGUCUCGCCAUCAACCCCAAGGAUACCAACACGUUCGCCUCGGCCUGUCUCGAUCGCACUGUCAAGAUCUGGAGCCUGGGCUCAUCCACCGCAAACUUCACUCUCGAGGCGCACGAGACCAAGGGUGUCAACUAUGUCGACUACUAUCCCCAUUCCGACAAGCCAUACCUUCUCACCACCUCGGAUGACCGCACCGUCAAGGUGUGGGACUACACCACCAAGUCGCUAAUUGCCACGCUGGAGGGCCACACAAACAACGUCUCCUGGGCUUGCUACCACCCUGAGCUUCCCGUCAUUAUCUCCGGUUCCGAGGAUGGUACCGUGCGGUUAUGGCACGCCAACACGUACCGUUUUGAGCAGGUGCUCAACUACGGCCUCGAACGCGCCUGGUGUGUUUCCUACCAGAAGGGCAAGCAGGGCGUGGCUGUGGGUUUCGACGACGGUCUCGUCGUCGUGAAGCUCGGUCGCGAGGAGCCGGCCGUGUCGAUGGACGCCUCUGGCAAGCUCAUCUGGGCCAGACACAACGAGGUUGUGUCUUCAAUCAUCAAGGGCGGCGACGCCUCCGUCAAGGAUAACACGCCCAUCAGCUUGCCCACCAAGGAUCUCGGCAGCUGCGAGGUCUAUCCGCAAACCCUCCUUCACUCGCCGAACGGUCGAUUUGUUGCCGUGUGCGGUGACGGCGAAUACAUCAUCUACACUGCGCUGGCGUGGAGGAAUAAGGCUUUCGGCUCUGCGCUGGACUUUGUCUGGGGCGCCAAGGAGAACAGCAACGACUUUGCCAUUCGGGAAUCGGCCACGAGCGUGAAGGUGUACAAGAACUUCACGGAGAAGACGGGUGGUCUCGACGUCGGUUUCCAGGCAGAGGGCCUCAGCGGUGGCGUCCUGCUCGGUGUCAAGGGCCAGGGCGGUGUGUCCUUCUUUGACUGGGCCAGCGGCGGCCUCGUCAGGCGAAUUGAGGUCGAGCCGAGACAGGUCUACUGGUCCGACAGUGGCGAGCUGGUCACCUUGGCCUGCGAGGAUUCGUUCUACGUCCUGCGCUUCUCGCGUGAAGCAUACAAUGAGGCGCUGCAGAAUGGCGAGGCUGACGAGGAUGGUGUCGAGGCCGCAUUCGAGGUUAUCACUGACAUCAACGAGAGCACAAACCGCUUGAACUACCUCGUUGGCGACCAGACGUACACGGUGUCUCAUUUCGACCAGCCCAUGUACAUCCUCGGCUACAUCCAGCGCGACUCGCGCAUCUACCUUGCCGAUAAAGACGUCGGCGUCACCUCCUUCGCCCUGUCGCUCCCUGUGCUUGAGUACCAGACGCUUGUGCUGCGCGGUGACAUGGAGACGGCUGAGGAACUCCUUUCCAGCGUACCUCAGGACCAGCUUAACAAGAUUGCGCGAUUCCUCGAGGGCCAGGGUCACAAGGAGCUUGCGCUGGAGGUGGCGACGGACUCGGAGCACAAGUUUGAGCUGGCGCUCGGACUCAACCAGCUGGACAUUGCGCUCGAGCUCGCCAGAGAGGCGGACGUCGAGCACAAGUGGAAGACGGUGGGUGACGCUGCCCUCACUGCGUGGGACGUCGCCCUUGCCCAGGAGUGCUUUACGCACGCCAAGGACCUUGGUUCGCUGCUGCUGCUCUACUCUUCGACGGCGGACCGCGAGGGCCUCACGAAGCUGGCGGAACAGGCCGAGGCGGCGGGCGCGCACAACGUUGCCUUUAGCGCGCAAUGGCUGGCCGGCAACAUCGAGGGCUGCGUUGAGACACUUAUCCGAACAGGCAGGAUAUCAGAGGCCGUGCUCUUCUCUCAGACGUACAAGCCCAGUCUGACAACGGGCGUUGUGGCGCAGUGGAAGGAGAGCCUCGACAAGAGCAAGAAGGGCCGCGUGUCGAAGCUGCUCGGAGUACCUACGGAGGAUGAGGACCUCUUCCCCGAGUGGGAUGAGUGGCUACGACUGGAGCGUGAGGGUGGUGCGGAGACGGCAGCCCCCGUGGCCAAGACAAACGGCAACGGCGCCGAGUCGGUUGCGGACGCGGCGUCAGAGGACGACGAUGAAGCCGCCGAGGAGGAGGCCGAAGCUUCGGCUAGCGAGUAG